CCUUUAUAUAAUUAUACGUAUCUUUUCUUGAAAUUUACAGUCCUGGCCUACCCCUGUUAUUUAUUUUACCUUAUGAAUUGUUUUUGAGUGAGGUUAAUCCACGGGCUGGCGUCUUCUGUCAAAUUAGUGGUUUUGUUAAAAACUUAAAAUAUGGGCAACAAACAAAUUAACGGAAAAGGUAAACAUUAGUGGUGAUCACUUACGUUUUUGAACAAUUUCUUAGACUUAGACUUUUAUUUAGUUUUAGUUUUAGACUUAGACUAGUGACUAGUGAUAGUACUAGUAAUGAUACUUAUACUGAUAGUGAUAGUGCUACUCUUGUAGUUUUUGGUAAUUCCUUAUUGACUUUAUUGGCUUAUUUUCCUACUUUCUUUUAAUCUUUCUUUACUAUUUCUUGUUACUUCAUGUCUUCUUUUUUUUUUUUUUUUAAAUAAUUGUCCUCUCUUUUUAUUUCAAGUUUCCACUUACCUUGGUAUUGGCAAUUGGUUUUCCCACUGUUUCCUAAACUAAAUUUUUGUUAUUUUUUUUUUUUAUUUUUUUUUUUUUUUUUUUUUUUUUUUUUUUUUUUUUUUUUUUAUUUUUUUUUUUUUUUUGUUUUUUUUUUUUUUUUUUUUUAAAUAAUUGUCCUCUCUUUAUAUUUCAAGUUUCCACUUACCUUGGUAUUGGCAAUUGGUUUUCCCACUGUUUCCUAAACUAAGUAGUUUAGCAAGUAAGCUUAUUAUAAGCUCAAAAACCAAGUUAAAAUGAAACAAUUUUUGACUACUCUUCUCUAGCAGUACUCAGUGUUACUCACUAUCACUAAGACAACUAGGUGAGUUACUUGUCUUAUCUCAGGGUCUCAGGUGGUCUGGUCUCAACUUGAGAGACUUGUCAAUAUUGUGACUGUGACUACUUAAGACGCUAAAUGUUUCUAACAACAGUUUUUGUAAGUUGUUAUUGUUACUGAGUUAUUCUAGGUUUAGGACUUGAAAAUCUUGAUUCUUGCACUAAUUACACUUAGAAUAGCUUUUUUAGUUUUGUAGUCUUAGCCUAAGGGGCCAUCCACGUCAUGCAAAUUUUGCUGAUUUUUUACCCCCACUUCCCAUCGUUACAAAUUGUCACAAAUAGUUAGACCACCCCGCUCCAAUAUAAUGCCAUAAAUCUCUGCAACUCCCCCACCCCCACCCCCCAUAAAAAGUCCCUGUGUCCAAUACUGUCCUUGACAAACCCUUAAGAAAUUCACCUCCCAUUGAUAUCAAAUUUCUGCACCUGUUUCAGAAACAUUUCACUAUAACAGUGGUUCUAAACCAGGGUUAAAAGUACCUCUCCAGCCCUAAGGUAUGGAAGACCAGAAAAUUGUAUUCAGUGGUGUAGCCGGGGGAUGUGGACCGCACCGGGUAACACCAUCUCAGGGGAUGACACCAAAUUGAAAAAUUGUGUAUUUACAGAGCACAUGCAGCUCAAUCUAACCAAAAUUCUUACAAGGAUAACAGAUGACAUGUCAAUUUUCCACCCAUAUAACCAAUCAAAAUGUGUGUUUUAUUAAAAUUUCAAGGUUGAUGCAUCAGCAAUUAGUUUACGUUAUUAUUAGGUCAGAAACACACAGUUUUGACCAUGCUUCAACACCAAAUGACGUGUUCGGUAACUUUUGUAAGUGACAGGAAGCUAUAAGCUAUAUUUAUUUCAAUUCUGAGAAAGAAAGCAACCCUUGCCACGCCUCUGAUUCUAUUUUUCGGACUUGGCAUACCUGUACUGAUUCUCCCAGUGAUAGUAGUUUAAAAAAUAAAUUAAUUAUAAUUGUUGUAUAAAAGAAUAAUGUUAAAAAUGUCUGUAAUUUAGGGUCAUUAAGUGCAAUUCUUUACUACAAUAUUCCACUUUUCAUGUGACGUCACAUUUUUUGAGCCCCCCCCUCCCCCUCAUCACACAUCAUCGCAAAAAUCUUCCCCCCCCCCCCCCGACGUCAUUUAUGGAUGGCCCCUAAGACAUAGACUUCAGCCUACUAAGACUUACUCAGGCUUAGGUCCUUUUAUAAGUUCCAUUAUUGGUUUUCCCAAAGAAAUAAUGUAAUAUGUCUCUUAUUUUGAAGAGCAAUAAAAUUUAGUAGCAAGAAAUCCUAGAAAAGGUUUUAAAUAUCCCAAAAUGAGACCAUAUGGUCAUAUGGCAUGCUCAUGAUGGUUGGUCAUCACAGGCAUACAGAAUGUACCAAGGGUGUGGCAAGACGCAGCACUAGCUGUUUUGUAUGUUCAAUCUUAUUGCUCAAGAGUCUCAGGCGGAGGCGACAUAAGAUUCAGCAUUCGAUGUUUUAAAAUCAUAACGGAGUAGGAAUUCUUUGAAGACCAGGAAAAUAAAGUUUAAACAGUUAAGAUUUCUUCUUAUAUCUUUUUAUUUUUCUUGUUUAGGAUUUAAUUUACAAACAAUACCAGUAUAAGCAGUUCUCAAUGAUCUAGUUAAGAAUUAUGCAUUGCAGAUUGGGGUCGGGGGGGGGGGGCAGGGGUGUGUGACUCCAUGAGUUAAGGUACAAGGUAACGCCAACUCUAGUGAUACCUCUGCUUCUAGAUUAACCAGUAUAAGCAGUUCUCAAUGAUCUAGUUAAGAAUUAUGCAUUGCAGAUUGGGGUCGGGGGGGGGGGCAGGGGUGUGUGACUCCAUGAGUUAAGGUACAAGGUAACGCCAACUCUAGUGAUACCUCUGCUUCUAGAUUCUAGUACAGCAGUAAGUGCCCAACCUUUUUCUUCCCAUAUCCCUUGGUUAGACCCCUCCUUUAUUGAAAUAUAGCUUCUCAUAAAUGAACAAGUGUGCACAAUUUUUUGUUGCCAUUUCUAUAAUUUUCAAUACCCGAAGCGGUCAUGAGCAUACCCCCAGGGGUGCACUACCUCAGGUUGGUAACUACUGCUCAAGUAUGAAGUACAGCAUUUUUCAACAGAGGCUCUGCUGUAUUAUUAGUUGUUUAUCCACUUACUUAUAGUUUCCGUUGUUGUCCUAAUGAGCGUUUAACAUUUGAAUUAAUUUUCAUGACGUUGAUUUUCUUUCUUUUUUUGUGUGACCAUGGACCAAUUUAUUAGGAAAAGAAAAUUAGACGAUGCCACAGCUGAUGACCCAACUAAAGCUCAGAUGCAGUUCACUGAAGCUACAGCUAUUUCCGCAUCAUGUGAGGCAAAUUUGCCGAAAAUUGACACUGUCCAGCAAAAUCUCAAAGUUUGUUAGAUCAAUGAAAAUUAUUUAGCUGUGGGAUUCACAUGGGCAGGAGACUCAGACUUCCCUUGUCUGUUUUGUCUGCAGGGAAGGUCUUGCCAAUAGUGCCAGCUAAAUUGAAGCAAAACUUAACAACUAAACAUCCGGAUCUAGAGCAGAUGAAUAUGGCGUACUUUGAUAGGUCGCUAAGCUCAAAUAAAAAAAUUUAAAAUAACAGCUUCAUUCAAGAAAAGUUCAAGACAAUUGGUAAAGCUUAAGAAGCAAGUUGUGAUAUUUUGGAGAUCGUUGAAAAGAAUAUGAAAUCGCAUACCGUCGCUGAAUCCAUAAUUUUACCUGCAUGCUCAGAAAUUGUGAGACUUAUGUUUGGGGAGAGUGCCGUAUCUGACAUCAAUAAGAUUCCACUGUCAGUCAGUACGAUAAGCAGACAUAUUUCAUUCAUGCCCAGGGACUUUUUAGUGAAGAUAUAGACACUUGAAUUGUUUGCACUGCAGGUGAAGGAAAGCACAGAUGCAGUGGUAAAUCAUAGCCUAUGGGUUUUGUAAGUUUUAUUCAAUGAAGCUAUUGUCAAAAGAUUUUUUUCUGCUGUAACGAAAUGCCAGAAGCAAAAAAAAAAGGCGACUUGAUAUUGUCAAUUCAUAUUUGCAGUCCUGUGACUUGAUCUGGAAAACUGCAUUGGCAUUUGUACGGAUGGUGGCCCUGUCAUGAUGGGAAAUGUCAAAGGUCUUGUCUCGCUAGUGUAACAGAUGAAUCCAGUUAUCAGGGUUAUGCACUGUUUCAUUUACAGUCAGGCACUAGUUGCUAAAACGGUUGGAGACGAGUUAAAGUCUGUGCUGGACAUGGUUGGGAAAAUCAAUAAUUGUAUGAAAUGUUGCCAGUUCGCCAAGCAUGGAAGCGGGCCAUGUCAAACUCAUCCAACGCACGGAAGUACGAUGGCAGUCUUGUAGAAAAGUUUCAUCUCAUUUCUACAAGCUGAGAGAGGAGAACUGAUGUUUUGUUCUCAUGAAAACGUGAAGGAUUUUGAAGAAGUACUGAAAAGCUAGUGUUAGUGCUCCAAACUAGCUGAUCUUGCUGAUGUAUUUCAUGAAUUGAAAAUUUGGAACAGUGGAAUGCAAGGCAGAAUAUCUCAACUGACAAAAUAAAUGCAUUUCUGAAGAAUUUGUUAAUUUAGAAGACGCAUGCAGCUGCUGGGAAUUGGGAAAUGUUUCCCCGUUUUCUUAGAAGAAAUUACUGCCCUUGACUGUGACUCUCUGUUGAAUAGUCUCCUUUAGAAACCGGUUUGUUGAAUUUGAACAAUGCCAAGGACAGUUGACUUUGAAGGAAGAGUAGGAGCUGGUUAGCCUUGUGACAGAACACUGAAGUUAAACAUGAGGAGUUGAACUUGGAUGCAUUUUGGUUACUUGUUUGUAAACCAGUACCUGGCUAUCACUGAGAAAGCUUUGUGACUUCUGUUGCAGUUUUCACAUUCUUGCACGUGCGAAUUCAAAUUUUCUGCUUUUACCACCAUCAAACACAAGAAAUUAGAAUGGCCUUUGUCCUUACAAGAUAAACUUCAGUUGUCUCUCUCAAACAUUCUGCCACUAAUUCAACUGCAUUGUAGAAAUCACCAAGCUGAACUUUCGCACUGAAAUCUUCAUAAUUGCAAACUGAUGCUAACUGUUAACAAUAAAGAAACUUAGUAAUAUCGGCUAUUCUGGCCUCAAGAUUUUAUUUUUGAUUUGGUCUGCAAUUAAAAUAUUACUCACAUACACAUGUACCAUUCGUGUCUUUUUCUUCCGUAACUAAGUAUAGGAAAAUGAAGUUUCUGUCCAUUUGGAAUAGAAUAAACCCUUGUUUCAUUGCAAAGGUUUUAUUUAUUUUUAAAUUAAAGGUUGAAAUCAGGUCUGUUUGAAGUUGUGGUAGGCUGACAGAAAUAAAACUUUAAAAAAAUCAAUUCAAUUGACUUAACUAUGAAAAAAUUAUUUUUUUUCUUCAAAUUAUUCUGAUUGUUUUAUAUGCAAGAGAUAAGUUGCAAGAAUUGUACCCGUAAAAUGAUGUGUGGAGGACAUGAUUGUGAUGAAGCUAGAUGUUAUUUUAUACCCCUGACAGAAAGAGCUGCACCCAGGGUCAUGUUGCCAUAAGUACAAUCAUGCUUUACUAAUGCCCAAGCAUGUUAUUUUUUUGAUGAAAUAUUUUUUGCAUAGAAUUAAAUAGCAUAUGCAUAUGAAAAUUUUGAUAGGAUAUUCUUUUCAUUUACAGAGAAAGCCACUGAUAGAAAUGAAGAAAAAGCAGAGACAGAAUAUUGUAAGUUUAUUCAACAUCUUCUUGGCCAUGAUUUUUACCAAGGAAUGAGUAAAAAAAAUUUAUUAAAAUGUUUUAUUGAUUUAUAUAUCAAUUCACGAAACACUCUCAUAAUUAAAAUAUAUUUAUCUUCAACUAUAGUAAUAAUUACUAAAUUGUUUCAAGCUAAAUUGGCAAUAAAAAAUACAUUAUAUGAGUAUUGUAUAAAUCUACUUAGCUUAGAUGUUAAGAACAGGGAUUUUUAACUUUAUAUAGCAGCCUCCCAACAAAAAGGUGUGUAAAAUAACUCCUUCAAGGGGUCUGAACCCCGAACCACCAGAACUCAAUCUUUUAAUGAAACAAGGGCAGCAUGGAGCACCAUACCCACAAACCAGAAGAUCUUACUAAGCAAGCCAAACCACCAGAACUCAAUCUUUGAAUGAAACAAGGGCAGCAUGGAGCACCGUGCCAACAAACCAGAAGAUCUUUCUAGGCAAAAUAAGUUUCAAAUAUUUGUUUUUUAAAAAGGUGCAAAAAAAUGGAACUUAAAAUACUGCACAAUAGAAACAAAGAUAUUAUAGUAUUAAGUAUACAAGUGUAUAAAAAAGUUUUGUAUGAAUUUUAAAUCAACGAGCCUUCAAUUUUUUUAAUAUAUGCCAACAUCAUUAAAAACUACAUAGACUUGUGCCACAUUUUAGUUCAUCUGUUUAUAGUUUUCAUAGAGUUUGUCUCUUUCUUAUAUUGAGUGCAUCAUGCGUUUCCUUUUGAAAUAUUUAUGUUACUACAUUUAAAGUUAAUCCAUUUUUCAUGUUCAAAGAAAUGUAUAUAAAUUGUUGACCAGAAGAAAUAUUUUAUUUAAGAACUAGACCAGGUAAAUAGUCUUUAUAUUCUUGAUGAUUAUUAUAGAAAACAAAGGUUUAACAUUUGCAGAAAACAAAAGUGGUGGGGGGGGGGGGAUUUUCCAACACCCACCAACCACUAACUUGUCUUUUCUCUGCAGAUAUCAUAAAUGAAGUUUGUGAGUUUAUUGAGCUGGAGUCAGAUGACACCAAAGAUGCACAAAUAUCGGAGGAGAAGUCAUGUUCUUGCAAAGAUCCCAAUACAACUAACUCAUUCAUUGGUAUUGAUGAACUCACUCUCGACAAGCUCCCUGACGACAUCAGACAUGAAUCUCUUUUAACCUAUAUUUUGUCUGCAGAAAAGUUGGUCACUCAUAUUCUGGUAAGAUGCCAACCAGACCCAGAAACUGACAAUGAAAUUAAGAAGGGAAAAGUGUCAGGGACAGGGUACCUCUGGUUGGCUGAAGAUGAAGUGGAAGUCUAUGACCAGUGCCCAUUGGUUGGAUGCCCACACGAACAACCUCAUCAAAGUUAUGGUGGCAUCAUUGCUUAUACUAACCACCACGUUGUCCGGAGCCAAGUUGAAGCUAUGGGGUGCAAUGUUCGGAUCUUCUUUAACAGUGGAAGCUGUGGGCUCAUUUACUCAGAGACUAUUGAUGAUUGCAUAAAACCAAUUCUAGUUUACGGCUAUCGCCUAAGGGAACACCGUGAAAAUAAAGACUUGGUCGGACUACAAAUAAUUUUUCAUGAUGCCAAACUAUUUGACCUGGUCAAGUCCCUCUCUACAGCUAGAAUAAACGCCUGGUCAAAAGUUCCUGACACCAUCAAAGAAAAGCUUAAAAAACAUGCCAUCGUCAUCUCACACCCUCAUGGGAAACAUAAAGUUAUCAGCUUUGGAGAGUUGUUGAACUUUGAAGAAUUGAUUAAUGGGGAUAAAGUAACGGAGUACACAGCCUCCACCUGUCAAGGUAGUUCAGGAGCACCAGUUUUAACUGGACACUACUCUUAUCGUCCAUUCACCCAUCGUGGGAAAUUAGGUAAAGUCCGGAAAGGUAAUCAAAAAGUGAAUGUUUCGUACUCAUUCUGAGUUUUAAAGCAAGUUAUUUAUUGCAUUUGAGACACAAAAAAAAGAUUUUAUUUUGAGAUGGAAAAGCCUUUUAGUUAACAUUUUGUUUUUUUUUAAAGUGUGUGAUCCAAUGAUGUGUAGUCAAAACAUUUGCCUUAACAUCACACAUCCCAAUUAGCUUUCACAUCACAUAUUCCAGUUUGCUUUCACAUCACAUAUCCCAAUUAGCUUUCACAUCACACAUUCCAGUUAGCUUUCACAUCACAUAUCCCAAUUGGCUUUCACAUCACAUAUCCCAAUUAGCUUUCACAUCACAUAUUCCAGUUAGCUUUCACAUCACAUAUCCCAAUUGGCUUUCACGUCACAUAUCCCAAUUAGCUUUCACAUCACAUAUUCCAGUUAGCUUUCACAUCACAUAUCCCAAUUGGCUUUCACAUCACAUAUCCCAAUCAGCUUUCACAUCACAUAACCCAAUUAGCUUUCACAUCACAUAUUCCAGUUAGCUUUCACAUCACAUAUCCCAAUCAGCUUUCACAUCACAUAUUCCAGUUAGCUUUCACAUCACAUAUCCCAAUUGGCUUUCACGUCACAUAUCCCAAUUAGCUUUCACAUCACAUAUCCCAAUUAGCUUUCACAUCACAUAUUCCAGUUAGCUUUCACAUAUCCCAAUUGGCUUUCACGUCACAUAUCCCAAUUAGCUUUCACAUCACAUAUUCCAGUUAGCUUUCACAUCACAUAUCCCAAUUGGCUUUCACAUCACAUAUCCCAAUCAGCUUUCACAUCACAUGUCCCAAUUGGCUUUCACAUCACAUAUCCCAAUUAGCUUUCACAUCACAUAUCCCAAAUAGCUUUCACAUCACAUAUUCCAGUUAGCUUUCACAUCACAUAUCCCAAUUGGCUUUCACGUC